GAAAGAUAUUUUAGUUUGAGAUUCAUUCGUGAGUUUAAAAUUUUUAACAAUGAACGGUUGUCACGAAAGCGAUAUUGAAACUUUUUUGAAGUCAGUAUUUGAUCUUGUCCUAAAAGAAGGGGUGACCGAAAUAAACGACAGAACAAAACCAGUGAUCAACUUUAAAACACCUAGCGAGUUAAAGCAGAUCUUGGAUUUAGCGAUUCCUGCCAAACCUGCGAGUCAUGCACAGUUAUUAGAAUAUUGUGAACAGGUGUUUAAAUAUAGCGUGAAAACGGGCCACCCACGUUUCUUUAACCAGUUAUAUGCUGGUUUGGAUCCAUAUGGAUUUGCUGGACAAGUUGUAACAGAUGUCUUGAAUACUUCAAUAUACACCUAUGAAGUUGCUCCAGUGUUUGUUUUGAUGGAGAAAUAUUUGCUGGAUCAUGUGUGUCAUCUCAUUGGAUACAAAGAGGGAGAUGGAACAUUUUCACCAGGUGGAUCAUAUUCAAACAUGCUUGGGAUGAACUUGGCUCGGUUUCAUAAAUUUCCCCAAGUCUCAAAGACAGGAAUGAGGGCACUGCCACGAAUUGUUAUCUUUGUUUCAAAACACUCCCACUACUCAAACAAGAAGAAUGCUUCUCUACUUGGAAUUGGGUCUGAUGAUGUCAUUGCUGUUGCUACUGACAACAGUGGUAGGAUGGAUUGUUCAGAUCUUAAACAGAAGAUUGAGGAAGCUGAAAUACAGGGUGCUACUCCAUUUCUUGUUAUCGCAACUUGUGGAACUACAGUUCUUGGUGCAUUUGACCCAUUAGAAAAAAUUGCUGAUAUUUGUGAAGAUAAGAAGUUAUGGCUUCACGUUGAUGCAGCCUGGGGUGGAGGUGUUUUAUUUUCAUCCAAAUAUCGCCAACUUUGCAAAGGAAUACACAGGAGUGAUUCUGUUGCGUGGAACCCACACAAAAUGCUGAUGGCUCCAUUACAAUGCUGUGUGUUUGUCACCAAGCACAGCAACAAAUUAGUAAAAUGCCACUCAAUCGAAGUUCCUUAUUUAUUUCAACAAGAUAAGACGUUAUAUUCUUCAGAAUAUGACAUUGGAAGCAAAGUGAUUCAGUGUGGUAGAAAGGUAGAUGUAUUAAAGCUAUGGUUAAUGAUGAAAGCACAUGGCAGUACUGGAUUAGAAACCAGAAUCAACAAAGCUUUCCUGAAUGCACAAAAGCUUACAAAGUUGGUUGAGGUCACAGAAGGUUUUGAACUUGUUUGCAAGCCGGAAUGCACCAAUGUAUGUUUCUGGUAUAUACCUAAAAGAUUACGUUCCUUGAAGUGGAGUCUCGAUGAUGACAAUUUCUGUCGCAAAAUGGCGCAAGUACCCCCUUUGAUCAAAGAAGGAAUGACACAAAGUGGAAGUUUGAUGGUCGGAUACCAACCUUUAGAUGGAAAACCAAGUUUCUUUCGAAUGGUUGUGAUUAAUGAUAAAGUUACCACUGAUGACAUGGAAUUUGUUAUCAAAGAAAUUGAUAGAUUGGGAUCAGAUCUUUAAACACCUCGUGUACCUUGUAUGGUACUUUAACUAAUACAAGCAUAUUUGUGGUGUUAUAGCUGGUGAGCUAGCAAAGUGUUGGGUCUAAAAAUGUUCCAUAUGUCUGAUACCUGCUGUAUGAUUUUUUUUAAAUCGGGCAUUUGUGUCAAAAAUCAAUUGCAAAAUUGCGCAAAAAAACAUUCUACCACAUCGAAAUUUGUGUUUCGGGAUAGUGAAAACCCUAACAAAUCGCCUAAUCUGUAACAUAGCGGUUUUCACUUGUAUGAAAUGUACUAAUACGCAUUCUAUAAGGUAAUAAUCUAAUCUUAGUUUAAUUUUUGUGUACAAAAUACCUUGAUACAAAACUUUUUUGCACAAAAGCCCAACUUUUUUCUAUAAUAAAUUAUAAAACUUAGUGAGAACUAAGGAACAAUCUGGCACCAAAUAUUUUAUGAGUAACCAUGUAUGGUAUUAUAAAAGAUAAUGUGUGAUAUGCUUCUGUUCUAGGUACAUUUUGUUACAAAGCCUAAUUGGGAAUAUGAAUUAAUAUUUAUAAUACAAUUAUACACUUACAACAAA